AUGGGUCCAGACGUAUUCACUGCCCCGGCCCCCACCGCGGAUUCAUCACGCUUACCAGAGCCGGCGGGGGCUCCCAGGUCAGGGCUCCAGGACGACUGCACCAGGCCUGGCCCAGGACCAGGUCAGGCCUGGAUCAGGACCUCAGGGCUACUGUUUGUGGAGCUAAUCACAGAGCAGACACACGGCUCAUUAGCGCCUCUGUAUCUACAGCUGCAGUACCGCUGUCUGCCUGUGGACCAGGGGGGGCGCACUCUGUGUUACACCAGGUACAAGACAGUUUACAAAAGAACUCUAAAGUCUAGGUGCACUACACAGCCACAGUUGGACCUACACAGCCACAGUUGGACCUACACAGUCACAGUUGGACCUACACAGCCACAGUUGGACCUACACAGUCACAGUUGGACCUACACCACAGUUGGACCUACACAGUCACAGUUGGACCUACACAGUUGGACCUACACAGCCACAGUUGGACCUACACAGUCACAGUUGGACCUACACAGCCACAGUUGGACCUACACAGUUGGACCUACACAGUCACAGUUGGACCUACACAGUCACAGUUGGACCUACACAGCCACAGUUGGACCUACACAGUUGGACCUACACAGCCACAGUUGGACCUACACAGUUGGACCUACACAGCCACAGUUGGACCUACACAGCCACAGUUGGACCUACACAGUCACAGUUGGACCUACACAGCCACAGUUGGACCUAGACAGUCACAGUUGGACCUACACAGCCACAGUUGGACCUACACAGUCACAGUUGGACCUACACAGUCACAGUUGGACCUACACAGCCACAGUUGGACCUACACAGUCACAGUUGGACCUACACAGUUGGACCUACACAGUCACAGUUGGACCUACACAGUCACAGUUGGACCUACACAGUCACAGUUGGACCUACACAGCCACAGUUGGACCUACACAGUUGGACCUACACAGUCACAGUUGGACCUACACAGUUGGACCUACACAGCCACAGUUGGACCUACACAGCCACAGUUGGACCUACACAGUCACAGUUGGACCUACACAGUUGGACCUACACAGUCACAGUUGGACCUACACAGUCACAGUUGGACCUACACAGCCACAGUUGGACCUACACAGUCACAGUUGGACCUACACAGUUGGACCUACACAGCCACAGUUGGACCUACACAGUCACAGUUGGACCUACACAGUUGGACCUACACAGCCACAGUUGGACCUACACAGUUGGACCUACACAGUCACAGUUGGACCUACACAGUUGGACCUACACAGCCACAGUUGGACCUACACAGUUGGACCUACACAGCCACAGUUGGACCUACACAGCCACAGUUGGACCUACACAGUCACAGUUGGACCUACACAGCCACAGUUGGACCUACACAGCCACAGUUGGACCUACACAGCCACAGUUGGACCUACACAGUUGGACCUACACAGCCACAGUUGGACCUACACAGUUGGACCUACACAGCCACAGUUGGACCUACACAGCCACAGUUGGACCUACACAGUUGGACCUACACAGUUGGACCUACACAGUUGGACCUACACAGUGGACCACACAGCCACAGUUGGACCUACACAGUUGGACCUACACAGUUGGACCUACACAGUUGGACCUACACAGCCACAGUUGGACCUACACAGUUGGACCUACACAGCCACAGUUGGACCUACACAGCCACAGUUGGACCUACACAGUUGGACCUACACAGCCACAGUUGGACCUACACAGUUGGACCUACACAGUUGGACCUACACAGUUGGACCUACACAGUUGGACCUACGUAACCACAGUUGGACCUACACAGCCACAGUUGGACCUACACAGUUGGACCUACACAGUUGGACCUACGUAACCACAGUUGGACCUACACAGUUGGACCUACACAGUUGGACCUACGUAACCACAGUUGGACCUACACAGUUGGAUAUAUGUUAA